AUGCUUUGUAGUCACGUGACAGACCGUUGGCCAAUUAUGAGUUGUUUUGUGCAGUUUAUUUUUAUACCGCAUCAAUUGGCGCUUUAUACAAAUGCAUGUAGAAAUGAAAUGCUUUGGCAAUCAUUCAAAGAACUUGCAGCUUUAAUUAGGAGUAACUUAUUGAGUUCCAUUUUAAACAUCUGA